UAUUAUAUAAAUACGUGAAUAGAUAUAGGUUCUGAUUUGACUUAUCCAAUAAGGCCGAGGAUCAAGUAAAGGAGUGUACAAAAGUGAAUCUCCUUAUGUGAUUUUAAAAGUUGGACAAAAAUAAGAAGGUAGGCUAGAUUAUGAAAUAAGAACAAGUUGUUUCACAAAGGAAACACAGGCGGCAACAUAACAUUGUAUAAAGGGACAACGCGCGCAGCAGAGUGGUGACCUGGCCAGAGCGCGAUGUUUGGAAUGAUAAAGAAUUCAAUUUUCGGGAACACCGAAGAAACGGACUACAAAUUGCUCAGCAGCGAGACCAAGGAGGGGGUCAGCUACGAGGUGCGGAGGUACGAUGGUGCAAAGUAUGCCUCAGUGAGCUCAGAGGGGCGGACGUUUGACCAGGUGACAGGGGAGCUAGUGAGGAAGCUUCUCGUGUACAAUGGGGGAAGCAACGACCAAGGGGAGGCAAUGGGGACGACAGCACCGGUUAUCAUCACAGUAUAUCCCAGGGACGAUGGUGUGAUGUCACGCCGUUUGGUGGUUAGCCUCAGGAUUCCCACAAACUACCAAGUCAGUCCCCCUGUGCCCAUCGACAGUGCCAUCAGAAUCGAGGAUCGACCCGGCAUGACUGUCUACUCACUGCAGUUUGGAGGCUUCGCAGGGGAGACUGAGUACCGAGCAGAGGCCUCUCGCCUAACCAAAACUCUUGGUGAGACUGCCCCCUUUCAGCGGAAACAGUACUUCUGCUGCACCUACGACCCGCCAAUGAAACCCUACGGCCGACGCAACGAGGUGUGGUUCCUACAGGAGGAGCCAUAAGGGAAGCAUUAAGACCGACUCUUAAUAAUAAACUAUAGUCACUUCCUCUCCUUCGUCUUCACUGAUCACUCCACAUCUUUAUCCCCCCAAAAAUAGGAUAUGUGAAAAUAAUAUGGCAACUCAACAGGGGAUUUGUUUUCAAAUCAGUGCAAAUGAAGGAGAGGUGAUGCAAAGAAGAGUAUUAGACUAUUGAAAGGUCAUAAAGGGGAGGGAUGGGCAGCGGGCUACAUAGU